AUAUCAGUAWUUUUUGCCACCAGGUUGUMCCUUUCCAGCGAAUGAUUGAUAAGGUACUAUACAAUUGGGAAGAAGAAAUAGUGGGCAUCAUUAUGGAGUCAGGCGACUUGUGAUGCAGAAUCCAUCACCCCCCCAAUGUUCAAGAUGGCACGUUUUACGCCCGAUCGCUCAUUUGAGCUGUCAAGCUAUCGAAUGCUCAUUAUACCACAGUUUUAAGGUGUAAGUAGAACACAGUACGACAAGRGAAUGAUAGUAAAUUGAAAAAUUACGGCAACAAGUAUAAAACCUUCAAAACCAAAUAUUUCGGAAACUGUUCGUUUAAUCAGUUUCGAACACUCUAAGAGCAGUAAAGGGUACAUCAUUUGAUUGCAAURUACUACAAUGCAGCAACUGCUACUUUUUCCUGUACUGGCGUGGCAGAUGCAACUUCUGGCAACUUGGUGGACGGCGCCUCUGGCAAGGGUUUUGUGUCGGGUGCGACAGGAAGUUUUUCUACCUUCGGMUGUUCUGCAGGUGCAGUACCCAUUAGUGCCUCUAGCUCUGCCUCUAUCGCCGCAUCAUCUUCGAUGGUGAGACUAGAUACAUUUGCACCGACCAAUAUUUCAUUCAUUUCCUUUUCGAGUUCGUGCUGUUCCUGGAUUUCGUCCAUCAGAUCCAAUACGUGGUCGACGGUUAUCUCUUCGUGCAUUCGUUGAAGAGUAUCCUUUCCCUCUUUCAUAGCCGCCAAAACCUGGACUUCAUUUUGUUUGGAAUCAAUUGUCUGAACCAUCUGCAUCACAUUGAGCAGCUGUGCUUCUACAGACUCGACCUCCCGCGUUUUGAGUUUUCGAAUCUUCAACAAGUUGAGUGCCGCUUUGGUGUUUCCGUCGGCCUUUGCUUUCUUGGCUCGUGCGAUGAUCUUGGCAUCGUCCCGUUCGAGUUUUGCCUUGUAUUUUUGAAGCCGGUCUCUGGCAUUUUUUAGGUCGAGUGUCGCUCUAUCUGUUGCUGAUAUGGCGGGCGGAGGACCUCUGGUCCGGGCAGCUUUCCCCGGGGUGGCGGUGCUGCUCUCUUUGCUUCCGAAAGCUCCCAUGAUUCUGUUGGAUGUGGUCAAUUACGAGAGCAGGGCAAUCAGAUUUCUCAAUUCGUUUAUUAGCGCGAGUCGGAUAUGUGUUCGCUCUUCAUAGACACAAAUAUUAUUUCUUUCGACAUUCAAUUGACCAUGGUCAUCGUCUUCGACCUCAUGUACCGAUUCUUCCCGAUUCGAGCCGUUGCGCAGCUAUCUCUGUUGAGAACAAUUUUUCCCUGCAAUUGUUCGGCACAACAACCGUUAGAUUUUCGAUGUGAUUCGACAAAGUACAUUAAUGCAUAUGUAACAUAUGUAAGUAUAUUAUGCACCAUAUCAUACACUAGGUAGAAACAUUUUCCCUUGUACUUCUACUUCUAGCCACUAGUAGCUCUAUUUGUGAAGGCAGGGGCCGAUCGAUCGAAAUAUUUACCUGCUUUACGUAUCGGUACGUACGGUGUACGGUAUCAUACGUUUCUURCCGGCUUGAGGGUACUACCGGACAAGUACCAAACAAAAAUAUAACUAAAAUAUCAACCCUGUAGGACACAGUACAUAACCUAUGUACAUGUACAAGGUGCACGAAGAUAUCACAGUGCGCGGAGUGAAACAGUAUCAACGUGUUUGAUGAGAAGUACUCACACGACCACGCACAAGGCAAAUUCUAUAGAAAAAAACCAAGUCGGGAGAGUAAUUCUCAACAAUCACGAUAACAACACUAAUAUCGACACUCCUCCUGUCAGCUAUCAACAUGGUCCUCUUGUUGAGGAUAGCAAAAUACAGCAAAAUACAGUUAACAUAUACACAGUACACUAUAUUUUUAUGGUUUUUUUCGAUAUAAGGGGGGGGACAAGUAGUAAGGAACACGACAAAGAACAAAGAGACGUCGACGAUUAGCUAAGAAGCAGCACCAACGACCGCCGGUCCACGAAGCAUGUGGUGACCCCCAUUUGCUUCAUGGGGAGCCAUUGCACUAAGGAUAUAGGAUACUCUCCUUCUCCUAUCACCACCACCAUAGACAGAAUAGAUCCUUCGGACGGCUAUUUCUGAAGAACAACCAGCACGGAUUAGUCUUUCCAUGCACCUCCAGAAUUUCAACCUCCUGCAGUACUUGCUCUUAACACGACCUCUUUCAGCAGCAGUGAACUCCUUCGCAGGCUUAUUAAAACCAACACCGACCUCCCAUUCAUUCCAGAGAACAUAAAGAUCAUUAGGACACUUGCAAAGCUCAGCUACUCCACUCUCACCACGAGCAGCUUCUGAUGCACCGCUGUUAACAGCUCGAACAAGUCGCCGUCUUGCUACGGGGGCCAUUGCAGCUCUUUGGGACAGCUCAAUGGCGCGAUUGAGCUUCCUAUUGAACUUUGCUUCAGCUGCAAUUUGUCGAUUCUUAAUCUCAUUCACUUCAUUAGCUGUAGCAAACAGCUUAGAGAACAUGGCAUGAUUCCAUUGUAACUGAGUCCUACGAAUUCCAAGAGCAGUCCCUCCAGCAGCUCCAGGGGCUCCGCCCCCUCCGCCACCAUCCAAUAAAUCAUCCGGAUCUGCAAGCUCAUCAAAGUGGACUCGUCCUCCCAUCUCAGUAGCAGUCACCUCUACCCUCUUCAUAGGAUUAACAUCAGGAUCCAAUCUAUGGGCGACAGGAAGUCUGUGAUUCAGUUGAAUCCAAGAAGCAACAACAUCUUGCAUCACGUCCUCAGAAAUCAAUCCAGAGGCGCGCAUUGCCGGAUCAAAGCAGGCCCACAGCAACGCCUUGCCAAGGACUGCAGCAACUGCGUUACCAAAUGUAUUGGCAAUAUUAGGGGCAACUGAAGAAGCAAGCCACUCGUCGACAAUUCCGGUCCUGUCAUUGGUUGGCUUGUAAAGACAGACCCCUCCGAAACAGAGCUUGCUUGCGAUAUCGAUAUCAGGCCAAGCAAGCUGUGUAUCAGUAUAUCGAUCCUGUUGUCUUCUAGACUUCCAACGCGCCCUGUAAUCAACAUUGUCCCUGCUUCCCCCACACUGUCUUGCAUAUGUGGUGGCAAACUUUCUAAAUGAAUGAGUCCCCAGCUUGCCUUCUGAAUCCGGUCUUUCAGCAACAAAGGCUUCAUUAUUAAACACAUAGCGCUUAAUAAAUCUAGAGUAAGCAGUCUUUCCUUUAUUCACCUCUUUCUCAAUAUCCCUUGCUCGCGACCUCCUAUCAGUAAUUCCUUCAGUGAACAGCCAUUGGCUUCCUGCUCCGCCAUCUUUGCACCACUUUUCAAGGAAUAAAGCAAGUGCUAGCACCACACAGCUCCUAUGAUCCAUCGAUCCAAGUAGUAUCUGCCUUGGGCAAUCGCGUUCUUCCCUUACAUUCUUAGACCACUUCAUCUUUGCUGUAAGGAACUGGGGAAAUUCAGCUGAUCUCUCCAAGCUAUCUUUGCCAACAUGAGCCAUAUCAUCAUUCCGACCUAUCAAGUGGACCUGGAACUUAAGCAUGGCAAGGUAUCUCAGUCGAUUGGUAAUGGUACCAUGAUUUCCCAUCAGUUCUAGUGUUUGCAAAAACUCAUCCUUUGUAAGAGGCCUAUCCAUGCUGCUCGCUUGUCCAAGUCCUCUCGUUUCCUUCUUGAUAACAGCCGCAAUCAGGUCAUUAACUUCCUGGGACUUGGUAGGAUUCCCACUUCCAACACCAGCAACCACAGUCCAUUUGUGCAGCUUGUUUGGCAUGAAGUAUGAUAUCGCCUUCUUGUAGUAGAUUAGCGAUGUUGAUCUACCAUGAGUAGGAUUAUCAUCCACAUCAGGAUCAGGCCUUCCAAAGGCUUUUGUGGCAAAGAAGCUGUAGAUGUGGUCUGGAGUUAAAAUGCUGAGUUCCUCAUGCGUGAACAUCUUGUCAUUAGGGAAGCGAUCAUCGUUGUCUCCAUCCUCGCUGUGUCCAUGCACAUGAUCCAUUAACUCUAGCAGAACCUUAUGAUAUCUCCUCCACUGUCCUGGCUGGUUCACAUCACGAGGAGGCGUCACAGCGCCACCCCUUCUUUUCCGAGCCCGGACACGCCGAUUCGUCCCUCCUCUUGGUGUUCUUGCCAUUAGUACUACUAGUGGUAGUAGCUAGCGUUGCUUCUUUGUUGCUUUUGCUUGGGGUUUUGCUUGUACUCGUAUGCGAGCAGCUUGUUGCUUCUUUGCUGAUUCUUGCUUGUUGGGGUUUUGCUUGUACUCGUACGACGUAAUAUUAUUUUGUGAGCUAAAAUUGCACCUCUCGUGACGAAAAAAUGAUGAAAAAAUGCACCUCUCGUGACUAGGCGAGGGGGAGUUGCAAAAUUGUUGCAGUCUCAGUAUAAUUUGGUCUGUCUUAAGCAACCAAAAGAGGUACAGAUGCGACCAUAACAUAAAAGCCAGUACGGUUGCUGUGUAGGAUCCCUACCACAAAUCAUGUAGCAGUUGUAAGUACGGUGGUAAAUGGAGUGGGAUAGAGUGACGUGUUAUAGCCUACGUAAAAUCCUACGUAUUUUAAGUACCAGCUGACUCCUACGACCGUUUUGAGAAAUGGGUUGCAAAAAUUUGGUACCGGUACGGUAGGUCGGGCCGAUCGGAACUACUGGUAAAAUUCUCAGGACAACGAAUAAGUCUAUUGAGCCCUACCAGGUACGAGUAUGUACGUAUCUUAUGGCAGGGGUCUAUGGUUCGUAAGAACUGCAAACAAACGACCGACCAAUUUUGAGACUAUUAUUUUCGAACUCUCGACGCUAAACAUCAUUAUCGUCAUAAACGAAAUAGACCUAGAAUAUUUAUGGCACAGCAGAGACGAAGUCGCUGAUCAUGCCGUGAGAAAAGUAUAAGAUUUAUUGUUCUCAGCUAGGAAAGUUUGAAAUAGUAUGAAAUCGGCKAAUUUGUUGCUAGCAUACCUUAUUUCUUCUUCGUCGAUUGCAGUCAGGACAGUCGGGGCGUGGAUAGCAGCACCGUUGUUGUUUUCGAUUAAAAGAAAGUCACAUACUUCAACGGCAAUURCCACCGAAAACAUAAAUCAUGCCGGACUUGUACCACCAUGGAAGAAUCCUCUCCAUGUGCAUCGCGGAAAGAACGGCAAAAGCUGUCCCACGCGAAGCAGAUUUACGAUGGGCUCUUCCCGUCGCAUGAGCGACAACAACGACUACGAUGGCGUGGAUCUGGAAGAAGAAUAUUACCAACAGCACGAAAGUUCGYAUCAUUCCCCCGAGAAUAUUGACGAUGGCCUUUCCRUCACGGAGAAAAUCAAGCGGAGCAAAGAAAAGCAGCUGGAACAACAAGGUGCCCUUCCUCAGCCGUCGACGAUGCCAUCCAACAAGGGGRRAAAAGUAGAAGUAGCCAAACCUUGGGACGAAUCAAUGCUUGAUGGGCGCUUUGGAAGCGAAAGCGUAUCCGAAAGUAUUGGAAAGGAAAGCGGUUCAAUAUCCAACCUUUCCGACCUCCAACAAAAAUUGCUACAAAUUCAAAAUCGAAACAAGGAACCAAGCAAGGAUUAUGACUUUGGACCAGACGGGGUGAGCGAUGGAUUCGCUCCCAGAUUGGACAAAAACAACCAGAACUCGAGAAGCGACGAACUGGCAAAGAAAAUAGCAGCAGAAGCUAGUAUUAGCGAUCGAUACUUGGAUAUCGUUCGAAAAGCCGAAGAAAGACUGUCUAAGAUGGAACAAUCUUCUUCCGGGAGCGAUGUCAAUGCCAAUUCGAGUAAGGCGAGAAUGGUUUCUAAUAUGRCUGGUCUUGAGGAAAGACUGCGGCAGAUCCAACAAGAUACCGAUGUGGACACCAAUGCUGGCACAAAUUUGCCACCGCCUGAAUUGGAGCCUAACGCAAAACGUCUAGAUGACGAGACUCUAGCGGAAUGGGAGGAACUGGAGUAUCAACURCAGUUGGAGGCAGCUGARAAGAAAUCGACUCCUCGUCCUCUGGAACCUAAUGAAGAAGGAAACGAAGAAGUGUCGGUGUUAGAUGAGGCUGCAAUUCUAGACGCAUUAAGAUCCGAGGCAGCUGGUUCUACUACUUCAAAUAAGAAGGCCUCUGCUAAAAAGGGCAGUGACGACUCUAGUGAUACCAAGUUAGGUGACAACCUCGGUCUGAAUGACACCCCAAAGAGCUACAAGAAAGAAAAGCCCGGUUAUGAAAUWACUGACGAUGGUGGAGUAUAUCUAUCAGCCGAAGCAUACCAAAAAGCUUGUGAAACAAGUAAUUCCGACGGAUCCAUCAACUUCGAUAGUGACAGGAAGUAUGGCAAUUCGGAUGUUCAGAAGCCGCUCAAAAGUUCAUUUGUGGACGAGGGCCCUCCGAUGGCACCCUACGCGCAGGAYAUCAAGGGUUCUAWAAAUUCGAARCGUUUCACUAUCGAAGACCUGGCCCGGGAAGCAUCGCGGAGUAUUGAAUACGCGAGGGACAACCCAGAUGUACAGGAGGAGUUACAUCGUCGGAUCAUGGCAGAAUUCGAAGCCGAAGAAGCCACUACGAACAAAUUCGAGAAAGAAGUCCUUCUUGAUCCAGAAAAGGCAAGAGCAUUUUGGAAUCARGAAUACUUUGAGCAACAGCAGCAAGAGUCUGACGCUUUGGAUGAGCUGCUGGACGAAAAAUUGCGACAACUAGAAGAAGAAGAACGAGAGGAAAAGGAAGCUCAAAAUUCUAGGAGUGACGGCCAAAGGAAAAGAUACGAACGAAUAAGUGUAUCAGAGGCCUACAAACAACAGUCCAUGUCUGAWAGAAACAUAUUCUUUGCUUCGAGAGAAGAAAGAAUCGAUCGCAGAAGAUUCAUUGAACKUACUAGGAGAGAGAGGGCUAAGAAAAUUGCUAAAUUUUAUCAGGAUGAAAGCAAUUCUAGCUGGUCUAUUACUUCAGAAUCGAAAGAGGUACAAAAAAUGACCGAACGUCAAGAUGUUUUGCAAAACAGAGACUUAGACAAUCUCGAAAGAGCAAACAAUUCAACCGACUUGUCGGAAUCGAAACAAGACGUCGGAACGACGAAAAAUCAAGAAAACCUCCAAGAUGAUUAUGGAAAGAACGAUCAGAGCACAAACUUGGAAACCACGAAAAACUCCGACUGGGUGCUYGUAGAGGACCCUGAAUCUCCCGAAGAUGCAUUUUAUUGGAACGAAGUAACAGGUGAAAUGAGUUGGGACUCGCCUGAGGACYCUUGAUCMUCUUUARAUUUCAAACGAUUCUUGGUAUACUGAAACAUUCUGCAUCAGCAUGCCACCAGCUCUUGAAUUUCGAUUCAACCCGUCCCUCAGAAGUUUUGCCAGGUUAUCGGGGACACAGCAAAACAAAGCUGGACUCAUUGCGCCAUCCAAAUCUUGUAGAAUACUUUCAACGUUUGGCCGUCCGCGAAACAUCUCGAAAUUUACUGAAGGAGUACGAGCUGAAUCUUCAUUAGGAACGUCGUCAAGGGAAUUAGGAGGAGAAGAAUCGUUUGCAUCUCGAAAGGUUGAUAAUUCUACAUCACUGGAUUUYCCCAAGUACUCGUUUUCGUCUUCACUCAAGUCCGCGGUAUACCCUGCAUAGUUGCGGGAUCUUCUUUCAGAUAGAUACCCCAAAAAGUUGGCAAGUAAUGCAACUAUCAGCCCGUAUAGUGCUACAAUAACUAACGUAUAUAUCCGAUUGAUAUAUGCGUCCUUUUUCUGCAUGCCGAACCACCUCCAGAGGCACACGAGACCUCCCCAGGAAAUGAUUGAAAAGACSAGGAAGUUUCUCACACAGUCCAGCAUGCCGAUUGAGACGGAAAAGCUUGAAAGUUCGAAGGGAAUUCCUCCGUGAUGCGAUGUCUCGAUAGCAUUGCUUCGUGAAAGAUUKGUGGUGAUUGGUCUCGCGGAUUCUUCAUGUAUGACAUCAUCUUUUCCGGUAUGGUGAAUGAUAACUCUUAUCGAAUUUUGGCCGUGACCAUUUUUUUUUUGAAAAUCAGGGUCGGUUAGAAAAUYCAUGUAUUCCUUUCGACAGUAAUUUAUGAGCGAUGGAUCUCUACAGAUCCAGUGCAAAAUGAUCACUUUCGGUUGUUGUGAUGCACCAAGUUGAUUUGAUCGAAGCAUCAAGCCAUCCAUUUCACCACUGGAAGUAGAAGAUUUGAGGUCCAGAAACAAGCUUAAGUAUGGUGUGAUACCAAUUCCUGCUGCCACCAAGACACAUCUAUUAUGGCUCGAAAUUUGGUUCAAAAUACUUCCAGAUCCAUAGUACCCAUCAAGAUAAAGUCGUGGAAAUGUAGUUGCCGAAUUUUUUUCGGCACACGAAUAAACAUUUAGAACUUCUUCUUCAGACCCGCUUUCAUCACUUUGAUCACCUGUGAUGAGUGGUGCAGUUGUCUCAGUCAUUUUUGUAGACAGAGAGAACAACGCGUUUUCAAGUGCUCUGGUGAACGGGCCUGUCACGCGAAAUAUAACUCGUAUUUGAUUCGUUUUCCUCAGGACGCGAUUGACAGUGAAAGGAUGGGAAACCUUCGAAAUGCUGGGAACCAAAACAUAAAUAAAGGCACCCGGUAAACACUGUUGAACGGUUGCCUCUGACGCUUCGAUUGUCAAGGCGAUGCAUGGACGCCUUAGUAAAUUGUCGUUAUUCUUGUUCGAGUCACCAUCCGAUUGCAACUUUUCAAUAGUCAAUACCUUGAUAUUGGAUUCCCGACCAUAUGGCCGUGCACGUUUAAGAAGCAAUUCAACCCAACUUGGAAAAUUCGACGCCAGGUAGUACAGCAACGAUCCCGAAGCAUAGAGGAUUGCUUUGUUGUAAUGUAUGCAGAUUGCUAGAAAAGUAAGAGGAGUCAAUGUAUAGUGUAGMGUGGCAAAAGUAGCAAAAUAGUGUCGCCGUAUCUUCUCCCUUGAAGAAAAACCGAUCAGCAUCAAGCCUAAAAGAGCUGUAAGUCCUGUGAUUGGAAGAAAAUGAUCGUAACACGAGCAGCCUUCUUCACUUUCUUCGGCGCGGUCACAAAUUUCUGGUUUGUAAGUCUGAGGGUUUUUCCAGCAGCCGAUCGGAGGGAAGAAAAACGCCUUCCAUACAUCUUUUCCUUGAAGAGCAUAACGGAGAGAGUGCUCCGUUGCAUGUAUUAUACUAGCGACUAUGAUGAUUCUCCCACCCCACAUGUGAUAGUUGACUACUUUUAUCGAAUCCCACGCAAACAACUUCCCGAUCGGCCCCUUGCGCGAAACAGGA